UAUUGAUAAACCAAUAGCUACUGUAAGUCAUGUUAUAUUUGAUUUUGACGGCACACUUGUGGACACUGAGAUGUGGGGUUUGGACAACUUGAACGUCCUAUUGAAACCAUUGGACAAACAGUAUAGCCUGGAGUCCUAUAGACCAAAGCUCGGUAUGCAUGUUAUCAAACGGUGUGAACUAAUUGUAUCGGAUUUGGUACUACCCUAUACUGCCCAUCAGCUCCUCGACAAAUGGCUUAAUCAAUGCAUAACUACUGUAACUGAUAUCCAACUGAUGCCCGGAGCCGAACGAUUAGUAAAACAUUUGUCACAAAAUGAAAUCCCGAUGGCUAUUGGAUCGGCGGGAAAGAAACGUGAGUUUAUGGCCAAAAGUGCACACUUUGGCGAUUUGUUUGCCACAGGAAAGUACUUCCGACACAUAGUACACGGCGAUGACCAGGGAGUCGAAAAACUUAAACCCGAACCCGAUGUGUUCAAUGUGUGUAACUCGGCUUUCAAUCCCGUACCCGAUCCGCAAAAUGUAUUAGUUUUCGAGGACAACCUAAUCGGCAUUACUGCUGCCAAUAAGGCCGGUAUGCGGACAGUACUGGUCAACGACCAGCGAUUUUAUUCAGCAAAUCAAUGGUCAGACAGCGGCCUAAAUAUCGACUUAAUUAUCAACAGUUUAGAUGAAUUUGAACCGCAAUUGUUUGGUUUGCCGUCAUUUAUAUAGAAUUAUCAUUUAAUUAUAAUCAAUCGUUUAUUUAAUUUGCUAACUAUUUGUAUAAUUAUAUAUAAAAAAUUAUAAAAACA